AUCGAGCCAUCCAAAUCAACGAUGGUGAAUCCCAAGGUCUUCUUCGAGAUAACGAUCGGCGGUGAGUCGGCGGGGAAGAUCGUCAUGGAUCUCUACUCCGACGUGGUUCCCAAUACGGCGGAGAACUUCCGGGCACUGUGCACCGGCGAGAAGGGCAUAGGUCGUAGUGGAAAGCCGCUGCACUUCAAGGGUUCCAUCUUCCACCGCGUGAUCCCUGGAUUCAUGUGCCAGGGCGGCGAUUUCACCGCCGGGAAUGGAACUGGAGGGGAAUCGAUCUAUGGAAUGUAUUUCAAGGAUGAGAGCUUCGCCAAAAGGCACAGAGGUCCCGGUGUGGUCUCGAUGGCGAACGCCGGGCCGAAUACAAAUGGAUCUCAGUUCUUCAUUUGCACGGCGAGGGCUUCGUGGCUGGAUAAAAAGCACGUCGUGUUUGGGAAGGUCGUGAAGGGGAUGGACGUGGUGAAGAAGAUCGAGAGGGUGGGAUCUCAGAGUGGGAGUAUUUCCAAGCCCGUCGUCAUCACCAACUGCGGCGAGGUCACUCCGUCUUAAUAAUUGAUUAUAGCUUUCUAUUUCAUCAAGCUUUAUUUAUUUUCGGUUUAAUUACUGUACAAGCAGGUCACGGUAAUUGUGUAUUUUUUACCUUUUUUAGUCCUUAUAAUAUAUACAAUUAAAUCUUUAUAUUUA